AGAAUCAUAUUUAUUAUAUAAUAAUAAUAAUAAUAAUUGGCAGCUUGUUAGACCUCAUGAUACAAAAACACAAUAAAAAGACAAGAACAUCCGUACAUCAAUAAAAAAUAGAAAACAAUUGAUCCCACAAAAAAAAACAAUCCACUUUUAAAUUAUAUGAAAUAAUUAAUUGUAAAAUGUAAAAUAUCAUCGCGUAUCUCUCCAAACGUCAUUUCCCAGAAGGCGUAGCAAAAGCUACCUGUGGCGUGCCUGAGCAAAACUGCUGUCGCGGUGAUUUUAAAUAAUCUUUUACCACUAUUUGGCAUCACUUGUACAUGUAUUAUUUACAUUUAACCAUUCACCGUUGUUCAAACAAAAAAAGUUAAAUGAUAAAAAUUCUGUUAUGUUUGACUUUUGGUCCGGCGUUUUUGUCCCUGGAUCACGACGACGUCCGUCAUGCGGAAGUCCCGGGAUUCUUAUUAACGUGAAAGAAAAACAGUAACAUAGAUUAUCUUAAACCUAACGCGACUGCGAUUCGUGUUGUGUUUCACUACAAAAGCCGAGGUUGUUUCUCCGGAAAAGGAAGCUGAAGUCCGUCUAAAUGUCGUCAGAGGAAUUCGAAAAGUUGCAAGAAAUCUAUAAAUCUUUGUAUGAGGAGCUCAAACUGAUGCGCGAGGGAGCGCCGAGAUGCACCGGAGAGGACAGGAAGAGGCUGGUGAGGACUUUCGAUGAGAGACACGGGGAGGCUGAUGAAGUGUUGCAAGGAAUGGAAGAAGAGUUGCGUGCUGCACCUUCCUCCUACCGAAAUUUAAUGAGUACCAAGCUGCGCAUGUAUCGCCGGGACCUGAGCAAGCUGCAGAGGGACCUGAAAAGCUGCACUACCGGCUUCGGUUUGUCUUCCCCGACAGUGGAAGGAAGUCAGCAUGCCCUCUAUUCAUCUCAAAACCAACAAAGUACCCACCUGCAGGCCCAGAGAGCUUUGCUGCUCCAGGGCACCGACUCUCUGAACAACGCCAGCCUGAGUAUCGAGCGCAGUCAGCGCAUCGCCGCUGAGACGGACCACAUCGGCAACGAUAUCAUCGAGGAGCUGGGAGGGCAGAGGGAGCAGCUGGACCGCACCAGGAACCGAUUGGUGGAUACUGGAGAGAACCUCAGUCGGAGUAGAAAAGUUCUUCGUGCCAUGUCACGCCGGCUGGUGACGAACAAGUUGCUGUUGGGUGUCAUCAUUUUAAUGGAGCUGGCCAUUCUGGGUGCUGUGAUUUAUCUGAAGUUCUUCCGACGAUGAGCAAACUAAACAGAAACCGAAAAACUCUUAAACUCUCGAUUGAGGUCAAACCCGGACUCCCUUCAUCUGACUUCAUUGACUAUCAUCAGCAUCAAUGCUGCAGCCAACCAACGGUUUCUGUGAAUAGAUCUGGACACUGACACUUACCGACGGGGGAUUCUGUCCAUUGGCAGGUGAUGUUUAUUUGUCAGGAGUGACUAAUGAUGAUUGUUGAACUUGCUAAUGGACCUACAGAAACUCCACACCCAAAAUAUUACCUAAAAUGUUCAGUUUCAUCAAACUGUUAAUUGACUAUUUAUUUCCCGCUUGAGUACGAUGUGCAUGCAUCUGUAAUCCUCUGUUCACUGUCCCUGGGAAAUGUUACUGAUGGAAAGUUCUAAGUUGGCAUCCUUAAUUAUUAACUCUAAGCAAAUGUAUUGUUCCACAAUCCACAGUAUUUUUUGAAUACUAGUUGAAUCUCUUUUGUUGUUGAGUCAUAAUUCUCCACAUCCAAAUGAUUGUAUUUAGCUAAUUUUUUCUAUUCUGACUACUAAAAACCUGAGGCCAGAUCAGUCAGUUGUGGAAAUUAAAAUUGGGGGGGAAAACUUAAUACAUGCAACUAAACCGUAAAUAACGUGUGAUCGCUGUAUGACAUGCAAAGCAAUGUUAUAAAAAGCUCUACUGUUCCUUAUCUGAUGGUCACCAAAUCUUUACAGCUAAUUUAAUCUUUUGUUUGCAUCGUAUCUGGUAUUUCAAACAAAGUUAGAAAAACAUUUGCUUUGGACCUGAAGUCACCAAAUGUGUUCCAGGCCCAAGCCUCAGACCUGGCUAGUGCUGGGUAAACAGCACCUGUUACUACGGAAUUAAUUCCCAAAUAAUGAUGAUAGGGUUCUUCUCAAUGCCGUGUUUUUGAAGUGGAACAUCUGCCGUGAUGUUUUUCUUCCACAUAGAUAUCAUGCUUUCCUACAGUGGUUCCAAGAACAAAAACAUGUUUGCUGACCUUCUUUAGGGGAUCAGGUGAAAUAAAUAUGUGAAUCUUUUGUCUGAGUAUUGCUUUCGUGUCUCAAAUAAAUUACAAUUUUAUGGGA